UUUUCCGUGACCAGUUUAGUCGCCUUUCUCCUCUUGCGGCAGUAGCUUAAGUCCGAAUCGGCAGUCGAUGCGGUUCCUUCGCGCCGGAUUGAACAUCACAAGCAGCAGGAGCAGCAGCGGUAGCAGAAACGGCGGGAAAUUUGAACCGCGUUCCUAAAACCCGGACGCCGCGCGAAUUUUAUCGCGUCGCGAAGUGUUCCGCGUUCCAGUGAUACGUACAUUUACUUCUUUUGGUUUCUUCGUAUUCUAAGGAUUCUUUCGAAACUUCGACACCAUGCUGCUGUUCAACGGCGUUCUGAUCUACUGCUUAUUGGCUACGACAUUCGUUUCCAGAACCGAAUCCCAGCGAACAUCGCAAAGAAGGAACUCUCGGCAAAGCCGCACUGAAGGAGGCCUCGACUUUGAGUGUCCAGAGGAGUUCGGUUACUAUCCUCAUCCCCACGACUGUACUCAAUACUACGUCUGCGUUUUUGGCGGUGCACUUCUGGAAUCGUGUACCGGUGGAUUAAUGUACAGUAACGAACUGCAAACCUGUGACUGGCCCAGGAAUGUUGGCUGCGUUUCGCAAGACGGAGAGAGAGACGCUGCCGUGAAAGACGUAGAGAGGAUUGAAGAAGAGCCUCAGCUGGUGAGGGCUUCGAAGGUCGAAUCUGUGCCGCAUCAACGCCACUCACGACCGACUCAAAGGCAGCAGGUCGCCACGUCAAAGACGUCUUCGGUAUCGCCACCGGUUACCGAGAGGCAGCUUCGCCAGAAGCCGCAGCCUCAGCCAACCUACAGCGAAGAGGAAUACGAGCCGGCAUCCGAAGUCGAGAGCGACAGACAGCAGAGAGUUUACAGAGGGCAACCCUCGACCAUCGGUCAAGUGCAACGGGACAGAGAUGGACUCCGAAGGAACGUCAUUUCUAACAUGGAAAGGGAAAAGGACAUUCUUUUGGACUCGCGUAAUCAACCGGAAACAUUUUUCAGGCCCAUUCAAACCGAGCCACCAAGGAUCGUACAAAAAAUUCUGACGACCCCAGUACCGAUUAUCUCAAAGUCUCCCUACUUCAGUGAGCCAGAUCAGAGCUAUCACUACUACCCAAUUUACGAUGACGAUGUUUCGCUUUACAAAGAUGAUGUCGACUACAAUCAAUACUCCCUCAAUCAGAGUGAUCACAUUGUUUCCCCAACCCCGAACAUCAGAGUGACAGAAGUGUCGGUUAGCCCUAAAAGCUACACUCAACGGCCGAAGAAGGUCGAUGUUAAUGACGCGGAUAAGUACAGCGUCAAUCAGGACGUCACGGUCCAGGAUUACGACAUCUACGAUACUCAGGCCGAUCUCAAUAGAAACAAGUUCCGCAUUUCCGACGGACAGCAAGUCAUCAGAAAUAACGUGAUCAGUCACUCUGCCGGAAUCAUUACGACGCCGAACGUCGUUAUUGAGACUCACACGCCAACUCUCACCACCACCACUACGCCUAUACCAACUACCGAACGUCCAGUUUCCGUCACGGUGCCGACCCGGUCACGAUCGCAGGUUAACCGAGGAACAGCACCACCUCGUUCUCGGCCAACGCUGAAACCGUCGACGCAGUUCGUAUCGAAGGCCCAAGAGUUUGUUGACAUAUACAAGAACCUGCCGACCAGACCCGAACCCGUCUAUCCAACACCUCAGGUUGACAAACCUGCCGCCAAAUGCAGGAAGGACGUCUGUCUUCUUCCUGAUUGCAACUGCGGAGGCCCCGACAUUCCGGGUGGUUUGCUGCCUGAAGAGAUUCCUCAGCUAGUAAUUUUAACGUUCGACGACGCAGUAAACGAACUAAACAAACAGUUGUACACCGAUUUGUUCGAAAAUGAUCGGCUAAAUCCAAACGGCUGCCCAAUAGCGGCAACUUUCUAUGUGUCCCACGAAUGGACAGAUUAUAGCCAGGUACAAAAUCUUUACGCUGCCGGUCACGAGAUGGCUUCGCAUACCGUUUCGCACAGUUUUGGAGAACAAUUCUCUCACCGAAAAUGGGCUCGCGAAGUGGCGGGACAGCGAGAAAUUCUCGCUGCAUAUGGAGGAGUGCGUUUGGAUGACAUCAAGGGAAUGCGAGCGCCAUUUUUGUCGGUUGGCGGCAACAACAUGUUCAAAAUGUUAUGGGACAUGAACUUCACCUACGAUUCGUCUAUGCCGAUAUACGAGAACCGUCCACCCAGCUGGCCGUACACCCUGGACUACAAACUCUUCCACGACUGCAUGAUACCGCCGUGUCCGACCAGGUCAUACCCGGGUCUCUGGGAGGUGCCAAUGGUCAUGUGGCAGGACUUGAACGGCGGAAGGUGCUCGAUGGGCGACGCUUGCAGCAACCCUCCGACAGCCGACGGCGUCUACAAAAUGCUGAUAAAGAACUUUGAACGACAUUACACGACGAACAGGGCACCUUUCGGUCUGUUUUAUCACGCCGCUUGGUUUACGCAAGCUCAUCACAAGGAAGGAUUCAUCUCGUUCUUGGACACUAUUGUGGCGAUGGACGACGUUUGGCUUGUGACAAACACGCAAGCGAUUGAAUGGGUCAGGAACCCGACGCCAACUACGCAAUUGGCGAACUUUGAACCCUUCCAGUGCAAUUACCAGGGACGACCGAAGAAGUGCAACAACCCAAAGGUCUGCAAUCUGUGGCAUAAAAGCGGCGUAAGAUACAUGAAGACGUGCCAGCCUUGUCCGGACAUUUAUCCGUGGACCGGAAAGUCCGGAAUACGAAGCAGCCGCAUAGACAACGAAGUCGAAACCCAUGAAUGAGCCGGAAAUCGCAUAAUGACAACGAACAUUCGUAAUUCUGAUAGUAAAAAUGAGGGUCCAAUAUCAAUUUGAGGUUGAAUUCCCAAGCUUUCAGUGCGGUAUAUUAAUAUAAUAGUAUAUACGUAUACGUAUACAUUGAAUUUACGUCGAGUGCUCCAAUUAGCACGCGUAUAAUAACUGUCAGAUUUAUGAUAUUGCGUGUGUUCAAUAUAUAUAAUAAAUAAUCCGCAUAUACUCAUUAGGAUUUAUGUAAUUAUAUUAAAUAGCGAGAGUAAACGGUAAAACUUGACAGAUUUUCAGUCCGAUUGCGCAUGCGCGAGAUCCGUCGUAUUUUCACGCAAGCUAGCCAACGCAAACUUCAGAGUCAGGCUCGGCGUUUGAAGGUUAUGCGGGCCAUGCGAACGUUAAUCGGUCGGGCAGGUCUCGAAUAACGAAUCUAACGAUUCGGGAAGGCAUGGAAAACUUCUAUUAACAACUGACUGAUGACUGAUUACUGUUACGAGUCAUCGUAACAACAUACUUUCAAUUCGCCAUCUGACAAAGGGAAUUUCACAUUUCGUGCUCCGUGCCGCGGAGUUGGCUCCCCUGCUUAGCAGACAAAAAUCUUCCCGCCGCACGAUCUCGCCAGCGAAUGGAGAUCGAAUCUUCUGCACACGCGCAGUCGGUCACUCAGCGUGUCGAGUUUCACUGUUUUAUUUUAGACGUAUUAGUCACGUUAAAAUUCACGCCCAAGUGACGAUGAUAGGUGUAAUUAAUGACAAAAAAACUGACCGAUUUUCUGUCGUUGAGAGAAAAAUUUACUCGAAACAAGUUUACGCAUAUUUCAGUUUUAUGAUAUUCUAUGUGGAUAGGAUUUAUGCAAUUUCAGAGUGAAAGUUUGACCAAAUCAAACUAAUAGUUACUAAAUUUUACCUAAUUAUACUUUGAGCGAAAAAAAUAAUUUCUUCUGAAUAUCAAACAAAUUUCUACUCAAUCAAAAUACAAACCUUGGCUAUACGGAAUAGAAAUUCGACUAUGCGUUGCCUUGAUUUCGAUUGCACUGUUUCUUCUCAGUGUGAAUAAAUUUAUAUUGUAUACAUAUAUUACAAUACGCGUAGCACGUAUGUACAUUAAUCGCUGCAAUAUUUUAUUUUUGCGUGUAUGAUAUACAUCAUCGUUUUAAUACUUAGAUGUAAUUUCAAACAAAAACUGCGCUGAUAAUAACUUACAUAAAAUAUGUAAUAUUAUAAGGCUAGUUACAUAAAUUAUAUCGUAUAUAUAUAUAUAAAUAACUAAAUUACGAUUAUCGUGUUAUCAGCGUACUCUAUUAUAUUAUCUCUUAUUAUACGACAUUAUGUAAAUAUAUUAUAAGAGAAGUGCCCACGCUUAGGUGUAGAAUAAUCUACCUUAUGCGUAACAUACAUACGUACUUUUUUCCAAACUAUACUAGAAAUAUCUACCUACAUUACCAUUUUUUCAAGUAGAUUUUUACCAAUUGAAUUGUCAUUUUAAUUAAUAUACGAAACCGAGAAAACGUGGCGAAAACAAUCCUCAUAUAAACGCAGACAUAAUUUAUCAACUCAGUGACGUCCAGCGGAAGAAAAAAUUUGGAUUUCAAAUUCACAUUUGAUUGUCAAAUUUUAAAAAAUCUUCUGCAUCAGGCAAAAAAAUUUUCAACAGUUUUAUCGACUCAAUUAUCUAUUAUCUAAUUUAUUUUGUGUUAUUUACCGAGCUUGAAGUCUUUGGACCUUCGUUUGCACGAAUUCUUUUACUUUUCAACCCAAGAAUUGCUCAAUCGUUAUAUUUCUUGAUACUUCUCUUUUUCAAACUUUGGGACAAAAUAUUCUACGCUUGUGUUAGAAUUGCUAUUUUUGGCAUGAUUCUAGAAAAACGUCGAAUUAUAUACGCAUAUAUGUAUAUUCUUAUUAUUCGUGUGCUUAUUACGAUGGGUAUUUUUUCACAGGGGGUUCUUCUGAGCGUUGAGAAUCACCACCGAAAUACUGAUUUCAAUCUGUUUCUUCCUAUAUUCCGUAAUCUCGCAUUAUUAUUUCUGUGAUUCUUAUAAAUAUGCGUUUUUUGUUUUUAAUAAUUCUUAUUCAUCGGUGCCUAAUUUUCAAUUGAUGCAUUUUCAAAUAACGUUCUGUGAUAAUAAUCAAAUUAUCAUUGCACAAAAAAUGUAUUAUCCCCACGUAUCGAUUCGCAGCUGUUUUAAGUCUCGGUGAUAAACCGAACGGUGAAUUUUUUUCAGAUGAUGUUCGACGAUAAUCGAUGGGAAAACAAUUCGAAAACCUAUAAUUAAUAAGCUUUGAACCACCUUGUCGAACCACCUUGCCUUUCGUAUUACAAUUGACAAAUAGUUAGCAUUACAUACAUUAAACGUUACUCACUACGAUUAAUAAUCAUCAUUUAUUGCAGACAGUUUGAGUAAAUACAAUAUAUAGAUUAUACGUUAUGUAAUAAGAUAAUUAUUAUAUAUAUAGAUAAUUGGCGCACUCGGUGGCGAUACGUAUGUGGAUAUUAUAAAUUUUAGGUACGCAAUGCGCUAUGUGUGUAACUAUCGAAAUUAUAGAAUUGUGCGAACCAUUUUGAGACGCGUAGAAGUUUCGCAGAAACAUGUUCCGCAAUUCAUUUAUUGCGUAAACUUAUCCAAACCUGCGAUUCUCUGUAAUUACCAUUAGAACAUAACUUAUGAUACGUAUACGAGUGUAUGAUAUUCUUACGCAGACACCGAAAUUUUCGGCGAUUUCGGGUAUGCAGAAUAUCAUGUAUAAAUAUUUGAAUAGAAAAAUUCGACACAACUGAA